CCUUUGGCUCCAGCAGCCCAAGUACCGUGUUUGGCCAAGCCACCAACACCAGUGGGAGCCUCUUCGGCCAGCCCUCCUCUUCCAGCGGGGGUCCCUUUGGAUCCGGUGGCGGCGGGAGAGCGGGGGGCUUCUUCAGCGGCCUGGGGGGGAAACCGAGUCACGAGGCGGCCAACAAGAACCCCUUUGGCUGUACCAGCGGCGGCUUCGGCUCCUCGGCCAAUCAAAACACAUCGAACCUUUUUGGAAACAGCGGGGCCAAAAGUUUUGGAUUUGGCACCGCUUCCUUUGAUGAGCAGAAGCCGAUGGGCACCUUCAGCUCCGGCGGAGGAAGUGUGGCAUCCCAAGGCUUCGGAUUCUCCAGCCCCACCAAAACAGGUACUCGAUCCCCCCCUGCAAGAUCCAGCCUCUUAAGUGGCUAG